GGCGGCCAAAUUGCAGAGCAGCGUUCACAAAUGGGCGUCCCACUUAAGCUCCUUUUUUUUAGCGACUGCGCGAACGUACUAAAGUGCACAUAAUGUACGUGUACCAACGUGUACGUUUUUACGGCAAAAAUGAGAGUUAUUCUUGUGCGGAAAGGAAAAGUGAAACAAAGCAGGAACUUAGCCAAUUUUUCUUCGAAACCUUCAUUUAAGGCAACUUUUUCGCAAUUAAAAAAAAAGAAGUAACCUUCCAACACUGUUGCGAUAAAGUACAUUUUUGUAGCUAACGCUUCUUCAAACCGAACGAACAGCAUGCGUAUUUAUAAACAGCGGUAAUUAUGAAAGGCUUCCCUUCCCCCGAUCUGUGAAAUUACCUGUUGAUAAAGUUACCUGAAAACAGGGCGUUCAUCGCACAAUAGGAGAGAAGCCACGCAUUGGUACUCGUUUGAACUCUUGUUUAUGGAGGACUACUUGCUCCUUUUCUUUUUACACUUAACUGUUAAGCCGAUUUGUUCCCGUCCACCUUAUCGUUUUUAAAAAUAUGCACGAAAAUCAAAAAAAUGAUGAAAAGGAAAGGAGUGGAGCCAAAAUUUCGAGGGAGAGUUUACUAGAUGACCAAUUCAAAGAAGGCGCAAAGGAUAAGCUUUUUUUGCUUAGUGACAAAGAUGAAGAUCUGGACGUACCGAACGACACUCCCCCAGAACAAAAAACAAAGAGGGAAAAACCGCGCUUCCACAAAGAUUUAAUAAGCAGUUCGUCCUUAGAGAAAUAUAAAAAAUUUCUGGCAAAGAUGGAGAAAUCGAACGAAGAUUUAAGAAAUAUGGAUACAGACAGUGUGCGGAUUGACAAGGACAUCCUUGAUCAGUCCUGUGAAAAUAGCGACGAAGCUUGCGUUGUCAUGGACGUUUCCAUGGGCAUUUUCGACGUGUGCAACGACAACUUAAGCGAGAGCAAACUUAAAGACAUGAACAUCACAGUCGCGGACGUUGUGAAUCAGGAACCGGAGGAUCAGGGCGAGGAAGGCCUAAUUCAAGAGAUGUAG